AUGGGGGACUACUCUGAUGACCCAGGUGCUUUUGAUAAAUGGGUUACAUUAUGGAAAUUAAGAGUGCCACCUAAAUGGAAAACCUUUUUAUGGAGAGCUGUGUCUGGCAUACUACCCACCACUGAUAAUUUAAUUGUUAAACGAGUGGAGGUGGAUCCUAUAUGUCCCAUGUGUGGCAAUACACAAGAAAAUAUUAUGCAUGCGCUGAUUUUAUGUGAUUAUUCUAAAAUGGUUUGGAAUAUUUCGGGAUUACCUGUUACGAAUAUCCAAACUAAUUUUUUCCAAUCAUGGUUCAUAGGCAUGAUGGACUCGUUGUUAGAGGGGCAAGUAUGCCUGGCAGUUGGGAUCCUCUACUACUUAUGGCUAGCAAGGAAUUCGGCGUUAUGGGAGAGAGCCUUGCCACGGCCUACGGCUACAGUGAAGAAGGCGGUGCUGACCAAGGAGGCCUUCACCAGGCUGAGACGAGUGGCGGCACAGCCGAAUGCUACAGUGAUGCCGGAAACCGAACCGUAUGGGCUCAAGUGCUAUUUCGAUGCAGGCUACAGACAACACACGGGGGAAGCAACGUACGGAGUUGUGUUACUCAAUCACGAGGGUGUUUUUAUGGCAGCCUCGGCGGGGACACUACCUGGUGCCUUUUCACCCAUUAUGGCAGAAGCCCUAGCAUGCAAGGAAGCCCUAUCGCGGCUUAAAGGGCGCGAUAUACAGAGGGUUGAUCUAAUCACUGAUUGCAUGGAGUUGCGUAACAUGAUAAUAUCAAGAAGUACCGGAAUACGAUCGUAUGUUGGGGUCAUUGCGGACCAGUGCAGGACAACUAUGUCAUUAUUUAAUUACUGUCCUUUACAUUAUAUUUCCAGAACUGCUAAUAUGCAUGCUCAUACACUAGCUUCGUUAACAUUCGAUCAGGAACAUCCUAUGUACUGGGAUGUAAUCCCACCUGACUCUAUUACUAUGUUCGUUCAUUAA